GACCGGCCGCCCCAUGCGGGCUCCGCUGCCGCCCGCGCCGGGAUGGAGGAGCAGGGCAGCCGCCGGCGGCCGCUCCCCGUCCUGCUGCUCUGGGUUAAUGGUCUAAUGACGCUUGGAUUUGCAGGUGCACGUCAACAGACUGAGCUCUGCAAUGAAUCUCUCAUGUUAGAAAAGUUGCCUGCCUGUGGGAAAUUCUUUGAAGAGAUGAUGAAGAAAGUGGACUCAAAAAAGUGGUGCAACCUGACAGAAUUUAUCAUGUAUUACGACAACUUUACCCAGUGCACAGAACGUGAAGCCAACAAUGCAAGUUGCUUUUGGCCAAACCCCCUUGCAGAAGGCUUUAUCACUGGAAUUCAUAAACAAUUCUUUUCAAACUGUACUUCAGAGAAGGUUCACUGGGAAGAUCCACCGGAUGAAAUUCUCAUAACACUGAUCUUGAUCCCGGUCAUGUUGACAUGUGCCAUGAUAACACUGGUAGUAUGGUGCAGCAAGAGAAGUGAUAUCCUGGUGUAAGUUCUUCCUCUGGGCUUUCUUUUUCUUCAUUUCUUUACUCCCUAAACACUAAGAGAGGAGGACGAAGAGAGGAACUUGGCAUAAAGAUUUCAUAUCUGCUGAAAUGGAACCAGUGAGAUACUGAGAUGCUCCUGUGAAAGAAGAGCUGCGUGCUGCUGCUGCAAGUCACUGCUUCUGUCUUGACCAUGAGUGCUGCUGGUGGAAAACUUUACUUCCAUUGAGCCUCAUCAGCAUGGAAUUCACAGGCAGCUCCCAGAAACAGGAGAGUUCCCAGGCAAAUGGACCCCUUGUCUGCAAAAUGGAUAAAGUUACUUUUCUAUGGGUAAAGCUGGCUGGUAAAGUUUUGCAAAGCUGUAUGUCUGUAGUACGGACUGUGGAGGAAGUUACAUUUCUUGAGGUUUUGUGCAGGACACUCGAGGUUUUCAUCUGUGAUUUGGCAACAUCACUGGCAAAAGGAGCUGAUUAACUGAUUAACCUGGAUGUAACCAGGUGGCAGCUUUUCCUAGAAGCUAGUCAAAAUCAUAAUUAUCAAAACCGGGAAGUAUUGUUCUGGCAAAGAAACAAUUUAUGUGUCCAGUGACUAUCUGAACAGGGAAAUUAUCAUGCAACAUUAUAAAAUAGUUUAUAAAAUUCCUUUAAGCAUGGCUGCUAGGAAUUGUAUGUCUUACUAACAAACUCUGGGACGAUGUACAAGUCUUACUUUACAGAGCUGGAAAAUGUGAGAGGAAAUUGGUUUAUUAUAAAUAUACUAAGGAGUAAUGAAGAAAUUUUCAUAUGCCAGACUCUUUAUUUUUCCUCUUUUAUAAUUAUUAUUCUUGAUGACUUGUGUUCACUGUAUAUUCCCCACACUCACUUCAAUUUGUGCAAGUGAUAUCCUACAAAUAAAUAUAAAGGUGUCAUGUUGAUUGAGGUGCCUUUCAGAUUAUUGUACAUAAAUGAUUCUUUGUCCUGUGAAGAGUGUGGGAACUAAAGUAUGAACAUCAAAACUUGGACUAGAAGUAGAAGGAAAGAGAAAAAAUUCAACUCAGAAAUCUUAUUCUAUCAAGUUAUGUAAUAGUUGAAAUAAAGAUCAUAUGCUCAAAACAAAA